GUGAGCUUCAGCAUCGAAGCCAAGGUGCGCGGCUGCCCCCAGGAGCGGCAGAAGUCUUUCACCAUCAAGCCGGUGGGCUUCAAGGAUAGCCUGACGGUGGUCGUGAACUUUGAGUGCGACUGCGAGUGCCAGCAGAACGCGGAGCCCGACAGCCCCUUCUGUUCCUUCGGCAACGGCACCUUUGAGUGUGGCAUGUGCCGGUGUAACGCGGGCCGGCUGGGCUCUCACUGCGAGUGCUCCGAGGAGGAAUACAGCCCCUCCCAGCAGGACAACUGCAGCCCCCGCGAGGGGCAGCCCCUCUGCAACCAGCGGGGCGAGUGCAUCUGCGGCCAGUGCGUGUGCUACGGCAGCGACUUCGGCAAGGUCUCCGGCAAGUACUGUGAAUGCGACGACUUCUCCUGUGUCCGCUUCAAGGGGGAGCUGUGCUCUGGUCACGGGAAGUGCGUUUGCGGGGACUGUGUCUGCGACCCGGACUGGAAGGGGACCUACUGCAAUUGCACCACCCGGACCGACACCUGCCUGUCCAGCAAUGGGAUGAUCUGCAGUGGACUCGGGCGGGGCUACUGUGCCUGUGGGAAGUGCAUCUGCACCCAGCCUGGCUCUUACGGAGACACCUGUGAGAAGUGCCCCACCUGCCCCGAUGCCUGCACCAUCAAGAGGGAGUGUGUGGAGUGCAAGAAGUUUGAGAGGGGGACCCUGAUGGAGCAAGACACCUGUAGCCGAAACUGCCGGGAUGAAAUCGAGUCGGUGCAGGAGCUGGGAUACCAUGGAAAAGACGCCGUGAACUGCACGUACAAGGACGAGAACGACUGUGUGGUCCGCUUCCAGUAUUAUGAGGACUCCAGUGGCAAGUCCAUCUUGUACGUCAUCGACGAACCAGACUGUCCCAAAGGGCCCGACGUCCUGGUCGUCCUCCUUUCGGUGACGGGAGCCAUCUUGCUCAUCGGCUUGGCCGCCCUGCUCAUCUGGAAGCUACUCAUCACGAUUCACGACCGGAGAGAAUUUGCCAAGUUUGAAGAAGAGAGAGCAAGAGCAAAGUGGGACACGGCCAACAACCCAUUAUACAGGGGAGCCACCUCCACGUUCACCAACGUCACGUACCGUGGGAACUCGUGA